GUCAUAAAAUGCAAAGUUUCUGCCCAUUUAUCAUAUUAUUCUUCACAUUUGCGGUAUUAUGUGUCAAAAGUCAAGAUGAAGUGUUCAUUAUGGACCAUCCAACGUCACCCGAUGAGCAGCAAGGAGGCUUCUCGUCCCACAUCGUAGCUCUCCGACCUGAUUACACAUUCUGGAAGAUGGUAAACGUGCUCAAAACCGUCUUCGACUCAAGGCAAACCGAGAAGCGACGGGGUCCAACACGUCGAGAAAUCGAAGAAGUUCCGGCUCCAAAACUCCCGAAUUUACGCUCCAGAAGACUUCUUCUCAACUUUGGACGCUAUCGUAUCUGACUAUAGAUGAUGGAAUUUUAAAUUUUUUUUUCCCGAAGAAUUUAUGAAAUUCUAAAUUUAGAAUUCCCCCCACCCCAGACAAUGCCUUUUUGCCACCUCCGCUGCCGGCAAAAUCAAAUAAAUAUGUUUUUUUUUUGUUUUGCUCAAGUUUCAUUUUCAUUUGAAAUAUUUAUUAUUUUUUGUUGUAUUUCUCAUUUCUCUAUCCUUAUUCCCAACGUCCGUGAGCUGGUGAAAAUUAAAACAGACAAAUAAUUGAAUAAUUUAUUUCUUUAUUUUGUGACACACGAUAAUCCUAAUAAUAAUAAUAAUUUGAAGAUGUAAUAAACAAGUUUUUUGAA